UGCUACUAUAGCUUGCAAAACUACACACGUUAUGCGUAAUUUCGACCAAGGUAAAUGCCUCAGUUCCAUACGUUGGGGUCUCUGCACGAUCGCAAUUAGCAGUAACGUUAUUCAGGCACCAGGUGACGCUCUCGAUUCAUCGUCCUCGCCACUAGCAGGCUCUCAAAGUCCUUUUUUGCCAACUUAUCAAACACGUUUCGCAGUGCUCCAUCAAUAACCUCCUGGGGUGAUGAAGCCAAAUUUAUGACUGGCCAGUGCGUUCACGUGAUUCCAUUUAAACAUCCCAUAUUUGGGCAGAGCACGUAGAAUAAAGAAAAUCGGAGAUUUUCCCCCCACCUAUAAAUCCUGCUCUUUUGGGGACAAAGGACCCCGAACUUCUGAAGGGCCACAAAUCAAACAUAAUAAUAAUAAUAAUAAUACAAAAAAUAAAACAAAUAAGCGCCCACUGUAAAUCGGAGCAUUUUUUUUCAUUACCACAAUGAGCUCUUACGUAGCCAAUUCAUUCUAUAAGCAAAGCCAAGAGGCGCCUGCCUAUUCCAUGCAAAGUUACGGGAACUAUGGAUCUGUAUCCGAGGUUCAUCCAUCCAGGUAUUGUUACAGUGGGUUGGAUCUGAGCAUCACUUUCCCUUCCUCUGCUCCUUCAAACUCUCUCAGCCGUGGGGACAUGACUUCGAACCUACGCGGGAGCCUAGGAGGAAGCUCACAGGAAGGGUCCGCCUGCGCCGUUCUGGGGUCGCCCAGGCAGGGGCCGCUCAACCUUGGGGUCUACUGCCCUAAAGCCGCGGGCGAGAAGGGCAACCAGAGCAGCCCCAAUGAAGUCAAAGCAGAGCCGGUACAAUCCGCCCAGACAACACGGGCACCUCAGCACAAUCUGGAGCCGCCAGAGCCACAGCAGCUGAACCAGCAAGCACCGCCGCAGAUUUACCCCUGGAUGACCAAACUGCACAUCAGCCACGAUUCAGAUGGCAAGAGGUCCCGGACGAGUUACACCCGCUAUCAGACUUUGGAACUUGAAAAGGAAUUUCACUUCAAUAGAUACCUGACACGCCGCAGGCGGAUUGAAAUCGCCAACAGUUUGUGUCUUAACGAAAGGCAAAUCAAGAUAUGGUUUCAGAACCGACGGAUGAAGUGGAAGAAAGAUUCCAAACUUAAAACCAAAGAUGCCAUUUAAAUAGCUGACAUUCAUUCUUAAUUCCGAUCAGUGAGACCAGUAUGUAAAACGAGGAGAUUCAACUUCACUCCUAGAACACGUGGAAAUCCGGAGAUUUUCUUUUUUCAACUUUCUCAAUUGUAUUUUCUUUGUAAAUAAUUGUUUUGUCUCAUAUAUGUAAACUGCAUAUAGAAAUCUUAAUUUAUUUUGCCAUUGCUCUUUAGAACAACCUUAAUGGGAUCAAACGGUUAUAAGUGAAGGAUACAUUUAAAAGGCACUUAGAUCAAUUGUGUUUGAAAUCUGAAAGCAAUUAUGGAAGAACGUGAAGGCACUUUUUGAAAAAGAAGCAAUUUGCACACUCUUUAAGUUCAGUUCGCGUGGAAUAUACAGUUUUUAGGAAAGCAAAACAAGCGGCCAACGAAUUUAUACAGAAGGAAGGUUGUUAGGUGUUAUGAACGGACUGGCCAUGCCGAAAAAAAAUUAAAACUGAUGUCACUGGAUGUCUCGAAAGAGUUUCAUCAUUUCCAAUGUAACACCCAAUCCCUCACACAGUACUCGUUUCUUAAGUUAUCGUUUGUAAAUAUAUUAGCGUAGUUUCAAAUUCGCGUGCUUUCCUUCCCCUGGAAUCAUUUUCCCAUUUCGUUUUACUAUUCAAGUUAAUGUAACAAUCAUGCUUGGGG